AUGAGUACGCCGGUUAGUAAUAAAAAACCACAAAAAGAUUUUGCAAAUUCAACAUCUAUUUCGUUUGAUCUUAAUGACGAUGGUUCGAUGCGUCUAUCAUUUAAAUAUUCGGAUGAAUGCGAGCAUGAAAUUAUCUUAGAACCUCACACAGAGGUGUUCUUUGAUAAAAUGCUUAAUAAUGAAGAAAAAGAAUUGCAUUGCACCGAGCAGUUGUGCCCUUUGUUUGCACUUUCUAAGAAGGAUAAACAAAGUUUUAUAUCACAACUAAGCUCACAUAUAAAGAAAAAGCAUGGAGAUAUAAUCUCUCGUGUAUUUUCUCCAUUAUAUGGAAAAUUAAAAAGUGUUAAAGAGCAAACGCCAACUAACGUGAAUAAACCACAACGAUGCUAUUUCGAUUCGGCGAUCUCAACAUCCCCAUUUCUAGCAGGAUCGACUAUUUCAAUGCCUUCACAAUCUUCAGCGGCUGGUACACCAGAAAUAUCAUCAUAUUUUGAUUCAGAAAAUUUUCCAAUUACUCGGUUAUCAUGCCCGAGCGCAAUUUCUACAAUUUCACAGUAUCCAUCUAUGGCUGGUUCGCAAGAAACACCAACAUAUGUUGGUUCAAUGUAUUCUAUGGAACCAAGCACAAUUACUCAGUCAUCAGAGAUAAUAUCAAGCCCGAGCAUAAAUUUUACCACUUCACAAUAUUCAUCUCUAGCUGGUUCACCCAUUACAGCGCCUUCACAAUCUUUAGCGGCUGGUACGCCAGAAAUAUAUUCAUAUUUUGAUUCAGAAAAUUUUAUGGAGCCAAGCCCAAUUACUCGGUUAUCAUGCCCGAGCGCAAUUUCUACAAUUUCACAGUAUCCAUUUAUGGCUGGUUCGCAAGAGACACCACCAUAUUUUGGUUUAGUGUAUUCUAUGGAACCAAGCACAAUUACUCAGUUAUCAGAGAUGAUAUCAAUCCCGAGCAUAAAUUCUACCACUUCACAAUUAUUAACUUCCCGGAAUGCGACAUUAGAUUGUAACUUACUAUGGAUCUGA